AUGACUGUAUCAAAAGUCAGAGAUGCUGCCAAAGCAGACGCUGACGAAAAAGGGCCAGACCCUGCCCCCGGCAUGGGCGACAUCGAGGAACUCCCCCGCAACUUCGGCCUGCUCAGCGUCUUUGCCAUCGGAUACUCCAUCUGCGCCGCCCCCUGCGCCCUGCUACUCUCUCUCGGUGUUAUCAUCGGCAGCGGCGGCCAGGCAGUCCUUCUCUGGGGCCAGCUGCUGGUAUACUUUGUCUCGCUGUGCAUUGCGGCCAGCCUGGCUGAACUGGCCUCAGCCUACCCCAACGCCGGGGGCCAGUACUACUGGGCUGCAGUGCUGGCUCCUAAAUCUUGCCGGCGCCUCCCUGCCUUUAUCGUGGGCCAUCUCAGCUGGGCAUCGGCAGUCUGCGCCUGUGCCUCCAUGUUGGUCGCCCUGGCCGAGAUGGGAAUCGCCAUGUUCAGCUUGAGGCAUCCCGACGCUGCUACACCUACCUGGGUCACAUUCCUGGUCUAUCAGCUCAUUAAUAUCGUCAUGUUUGGCUUGAAUUGCUGGGAGUCUUUACUGCCACGCCUUAGCCGUAUAUGGUUGACUAUCUCAAUGGCCACGGCGUUGAUCAUUUUCAUUACUAUUCUUGCCAGGACAAAUGAUAAACGAUCUGCCUCCUUUGUGUUUACUGGCUUCACCAACCUCACUGGCUGGUCUGACGGCAUCGCCUUUCUCACAGGUCUAUUGGGAGUCAACUGGGGACUGUCCUGUCUCGAUGCCGUCACCCAUAUGGCUGAAGAGAUCCCUGAUCCCCGCCGCAACAUCCCCAAAGCCCUAAUCGGCACAGUUGUUGUGAACGCUCUGCUGGCGUGGCCCAUGGCUAUCGCCAUCGCCUUUUGCAUCCAGAACAUAGAACAGCUGUUCGCCCCGCCGACUGGUCUCGCCUCAUUGUCUCUAUUCCUGCAGGUUUUCAAGGGCAGCACUGCCGCACCACUUGCUCUCCAAGCACUCUUGUUUCUCGGCGGUUUAGGUGCAGUGUUUGGCAUUCACACCUGGCAGGCUCGGUUGGCAUGGACUGUCGCCCGUGAUGGGGGCCUCCCAUUUGCCAAAUACACCAAAUCCAUCGCCCCGGCCCCUUAUGGCGUUCCCUUUUGGGCGCACGUCUAUUCAUCCAUAUUUGCGGCCCUGCUCGGAUGCCUGUAUCUUGGAUCCAGUGCGGCGUUCAACGCCUUUGUCGGCAGUUUGAUCCUCAUGCAGUAUCUCUGCUACUCCAUCUGCAUUGUCUUUGCCCUCUGGCGCGGCCGUGACAAUAUCCCGCGCGGACCCUUCUGGUUGGGAAAAUAUGGUCUCGUUUGUAACAUCGUCACCCUUGCGUGGACUGCCUUUGCCUUGGUGUUCUACUCAUUCCCGCCCUAUAAUCCUGUCACAGCAAUGUCGAUGAACUAUGCCUCGGUCGUGACUGUCGGCUUUGCAGUGCUCAUUGCUGCCUUUUAUCUCCUUUUUGGUCAUAAGCGCUUUGCUAGUCCUGCGCAGAUUGAUGAAUAG